CUGCUUUGGGGAAACAGAGUUGUCAUUCCCACCUCAAUGAGGACUAGGGUCUUAGAAUCCCUCCACGAGGGUCAUCCUGGCAUUGUUCGUAUGAAGGCUCUUGCACGCAGCCACUUGUGGUGGCCUGCUUUAGAUAAAGAUAUUGAGGCUAAGGUACACGCAUGCCACCUGUGCCAACGAUCUCGCCCAGAGAUGCCCCAAGCUCCUGUGCAUAGAUGGGAGGAAACACAGUCCCCAUGGUCUAGGGUGCACAUUGACUACGCUGGGCCCUUUCAGGGCCAGUUCUUCUUGGUCCUUGUUGACAGCCAUUCAAAAUGGCUUGAGGUUGUGCCUGUCUCAUCCACCACCACUGCAAAGACUAUUCAGGUACUGAGGGGGAUUUUUGCUGCACACGGGCUGCCAGAUGUCAUUGUGUCCGACAACGGCCCUCAAUUCACCUCCUCCGAAUUCCAAGCUUUCUUACAGGCAAACCUGAUUCGUCAUGCCACGUUGGCUGACUUUCUCCUUUCUUAUCGCACCACACCGUCCACUUCUACAGGGAGAAGUCCAGCUGAACUUCGUUGGGGGCGCCAACUUACUACUAGACUUGACCGGUUGCAUCCGGACAGACUGCCUUCAUCUACCUCACAUCCUAGGGCACCUAGACAACUACUUGUGGGUGCCCCGGUUUGGGCUCGCAAUUACGGGCCUGGUCAUACAUGGGUCCCCGCUUCUGUGUCCAGGAUCACAGGUCCUCUCUCCUACGAGGUUGCCCUGGACAACGGUCGUGUCCUGCGUCGGCACAUCGACCAA